GACGCUAGCUCAACAGCCAUGGCCAAAGAUGUAAAAUGAUCAUUGUCAUUGGCUGUGUAUGCAACUCAAUUGACCGUCUUUUGCACUCAUAUAUGGACGCUCCUGCCCAGCUACCCAAACGCACCAGAGCACCUUCCCCCUCAAAUCUUUAAGCAACCUUAGCCUCUAUUUUUCUUCCCCUUCAUCGGUAAUCUAAAUCGCACGAGUCAACACCAAAUUAUUGUCCCAUAAAACAACCACCAAAGCUCCUCAACACCACAAGUUCCCAACUUGAAUCCCUACACAAAACGUAACAAUGGUCUACUCCGAAGUCCUCCAAGCAGAAGAACCAGUCUACGACUCCUCGUUCGUAUCCUCCCACCCAACCCAUCCCUUGAUCUCAAUCAACUAACAGCCACCAGCCGCCCAUUUCCUUCCCUCGAGCUUCUCUACAAGUACAAACUCUCCAACACACCAGACAAGACAAUCCUAGGGUACGUCUGAUCUCAUCAUGUUCUCUCCUAGCCUAAAUCCACGCACUAGAACCACAUCCUAACACCAACCCAGCAUGAAAGUGACCUUCCCACCCAACGCCUCGACACCACCCCACACGCACGCCGGAGCCUUCGUAACAGUCCACGUCCUCACCGGCUCCGUCCGAAACAAGGUAUACCUCUCCCCCCCCUUCCCGCUACAAUCCUCGUUAACGAAAGUAGAUGAACAACAACCCCCUCACCAUUCAGCCCGCAGGCUCUUCCUUCCACGAAGCCCCAGGUUGUCAUCAUAAGAUCAGUGAUAACGCGUCGGCUACCGAGGAGGCUACCAUACUCGUGACUUUCAUCUUGGAGACCGAGAAGUUGGAGGGGAUUUUGGGGAGUGUGGGGGUUAAUGGGUUGGUUGUUGUUGAUGAGGAGUAUAGAGAGGAGUUGAGGAAGAGAUUUGAGGGUUAAAAGUAGGAGAGGAGUGGAAGAGGGAGCCGAUGGAGGCACUUGUAGAAGGGGGUAAGGGAGGAUGUAUCUUGUCUGUAUGAAAAUAGAACGACAAGCCGGUUCAAAGGUUUCAAACUUUGAAGUCGUGCUCGAGACUACAAAAC